UCAAUUUCAGAUUUCCGCAAUGGUAGUUUUGAUGACAAAACUCUUGUUUAUCUUAUUUGCCUCUUUGAUAUGACAUGCUUAUGUUCUACAGGGACAUCUUGUGGCCACAAGAGUCAUAGCAUUUCCAUUAAUAAUUGAAUUCAUGACAUAGAGAUAUGGUUUCAUCAUUACUGGGGAAUAAAUGCUUACCAGACAGGCUAAAUUGCUGUGCGGGAUUCUUGCUGAGGUGAGCUAAUCGGAUGCCUUUAUUCAGUUUUAUCCAAGACACUUUACAUUCUGACUCACACAACAUAGCAAGGCUUUGCUUAACAAUUCAGAGCAAUAUAGGGUUUAGUGUCUUGCUCAAGGACACUUUGACAGGAGGAGCUGACAAUUGAAUGCCAGCCCCUAGGACGAUUUGACAGCCCACUCGACCUAAUAACCCACAGCAACCCCAGGUUCAGCUAACUAUGGGAUCUUGAGCCAACUGCAGCAUCAGGGAUGGUCAUCUGUCUUGGGUGAGUGUCUGUAACUGAAGGACUGACAGAUCAUGUUAAAGUGACUGUGACUCUCUCAAGCUCUCACAUCAACAUCAGAAAUAACUGUACAGGAAGAGGAAGUUCUCACAAACACUCCUCAGUUGUGGUUCAGUCUGACAGUCAGUUUGCAGGAAGGCAACAUGGAGGCCACAUCUCUCUGCUUCAGACUGUUGAUGCUUGAAUUUAUUCUGCUGGGGACCCAAGUUCAGAACAGUUCUACUCAGAAAAGUGAUGCACCUUUCCUUCGCAUCACUCCAAACAGAUUGCAGCACUUUCAACUCGAAUCUGUUUCUUUCGAAUGUGGGGGGAUGGACGGUUCAGCCCAGUUGAAAAGGAUAAAGAGUGAUAAGGACAUUGAUGCAGAAUGUAGUUCCAUCAAGAAGACAUCAACAGGAUCCUCUUGCACAAUUUACAGAGCCUAUCCAACAGACAGUGGAGAAUACUGGUGUGAGACUGAAGGAGGACAAAGAAGCAACAGUGUCAACAUCACUGUCACUGCUGGCUCUGUGGUCUUGGAGAGUCCUGUUGUUCCUAUUUUGGAGGGCAAAGAUGUGACUCUGCACUGCACAAACAAGAAAACGUAUCUCCAGGCUGAUUUCUACAAAGAUGAUGUCUUCAUGGAGAGCAGUCCUACAGGAAACAUGACCAUUCACAAUGUCAGCAAGUCUGUCGAAGGAAUCUACAAGUGCAGCAUCCCUGGUGUUGGAGAAUCACCAGGAAGCUGGCUGUUUGUCAUAGCAAAUCCUGAUUCUAUCACCUCUACACCUCCUGGUAACACGACCCUCCAAAAUGGCUCCGACUCCCCUCAUGUGAUCAUCCUGCUGUGGGUUGCUGUCACCAUUGUGAUGAUGGUUCUGGUGCUGCUGGUGGUGGGAUUUCUUCAUCUUAAGAAAUGCAGAGUUUCCUCAGAGACACCAACAGCAGCAUCACAGUCAAUAAAAGACAAUCAUCCAGUGUCUGGGGAUGAUGUUGCAGACGAUCCAGAUGGUGUGACAGUCGUCGUCACAAAACAGAGAAGAAACACAGACGAGGAUGAGUUCUCACACCAACUCGUCUACUCUGCUGUGACCAUAAAACCAGGAUUAUCCAGCUCCACAGCAGCCACAGACCCAAAUUCAGCAGAGCCAGACGUUCUGUAUUCUGCUGUUCAGAUGGUCAAAAAGACACCUGAGUGAAGAAGAGAUG